CAGCCGGCGAAGCAGAGCAGCCAGAGAGGGACAGUGUGUGAGGGUGCAGAGUCUGUGCUUGUGUGUGUGUGUGUGUGUAAGUGUGUAAGUGUGUGUGUAAGUGUGUGUGCAUGUGUAUGCAUGUGUGUGUGUGUAUGUGUGUGUGAAACAGUGAGAGAGAGGAAGUGCAGGUGAAGCCAGGGAGUGUUUUAAAGUGGAUGGUACAUUGCACUCCUCUCUGCCUCUCGCUGGACUAUUCCACCAACAAGGACUCACCCUUCGGACUGUCCAGAAGCUUCCUCCUCCUCCUCCUGGGAACACCUGUGUGCAUGUGUGUGUGUGCAGAGGACACAACAGACCUGGCCCUGCUGAGGGUCUCUGGCUGGGGGAGAAGGGGGGACCGCUGCUGACCAUGGACUCCCCUCAAUAGAAAACGGGGGUGGCGAGGAGGAGCGGGUGUGGCCGGUCAUCAUGUGCACGCGAGCCUGUCCUGACCCCGUCCCUGAGUGCCAGCUGUUCCCGGGAGAGGUGGAGGGGCCUGAAGAGGAGGUGGCAGACGACGGCAGGGAGAGGGAAUCGGACAGAGACAGCGCUGUGGAGAGCACCCAAGGGUCGGACACCUCAGACGGGCUCAUCAGACCGGGGGACAAGGAAGACGCACUCGGCGAUCUCUUUUUCCCGGGGGAGAAGUGUGGUCAGACUAGCAUCUCAGUGACCUCUGACCUAUCGACACGUUCCUCGGCUUCUCUGAACGAGGAGCAGUUUGAGGACUACGGGGAGGGGGAGGAGCCAGACUACACUCUCAGCAGCCCCUGUCCGGACGACGAGACUCGUACCAACGGAUACUCGGACCUCGGUUCAUCUGUUCCCUCGAGUGCAGGACAGACUCCUCGUAAGGUGCGUCAGCAUUACCCCGGCGAACUGAUGGAUGUCUAUUGCUCUCAGUGCAGCAAAAAGGUCAACCUCCUAAAUGACCUGGAGGCUCGCCUGAAGAACCUCAAGACUAACAGCCCCAACAGGAAAAUCUCCAGCACGGCGUUUGGAAGGCAGCUCCUACACAACAGCAACUUAAGCAGCAGCAACGGCAGCACGGAGGACCUGUUCCGAGACAGUAUCGACUCCUGUGACAUCGACAUCAAUGAGAAGGUGACUUCUCUGGAGAAGAAGGUGGCAGAGCUGGAAAAUGAGAUUCUAAUGAAUGGCGAUCUCAAAUCCAAGCUGAGGCAGGAGAACACGCAACUAGUUCACAGGGUUAAUGAGCUGGAGGAGCAGCUGAAAGACACAGAGACACGAGCAGAUCAAAACCUGAAGGAGGGACUGAGACGACAUCGAGAGGCCUACGGCAAGAUGGAGCGAGACAAGAACACACAGACAGAGCUGCUGAACAACCGAGUAAAGCAGCUGGAGGAGGAAAACUGCGAGAUGUCUCUUCACAUGUGCCGACUCAGGUCACAGACGGAGAAACUGGAUGAGGAGAAGCAAAGAAUGACGGACAAGUUGGAGGACACCAGUCUGCGCCUGAGGGACGAGAUGGACCUCUACAGGAAGAUGAUGGACAAACUGAAACAGAACAGACUCCAGUUCCAGAAGGAGAAGGACGCCAUGCAGGAGCUGAUAGAGGACCUGCGUCGAGAGCUGGAGCAUUUGCAGCUGUUCAAGCUGGAGACUGAGAGGCCUGGCCGCGGCCGCACCUCCUCCUCGAGUCUGGCCGACUUCAACUGCAGGACCAGGGAGGUGGAGCUGGAACACGAGGUGAAGAGACUCAAGCAGCCGUUUGCGUCCCAGGACUUUCCUCCCUCUGAAUUCCAGCACCUGGUGUUGUCUGGGGCUUGGUUCCAUCCUGGCCUGAUGGAGAACCAGAAGCUGAGGGAGCAGAACGAUGAUCUGAACGGUCAGAUCCUCAGCCUCAGUCUCUAUGAAGCAAAGAACCUGUUUGCCACUCAGACCAAGGCCCAGUCUCUGGCUGCAGAGAUAGACAAUGCCUCGAGAGACCAGCUGAUGGAAGCCCUGAAGGAGCAGGAGGAAAUCAACCUGCGCCUGCGACAGUACAUGGACAAAAUCAUCCUGUCCAUCCUGGACCACAACCCCUCCAUCCUGGAGAUAAAAAACUAGCAGUGACUCAACUGGAGUGAAUCUCAUCCUGGGACUCGGGAGGACGAGGAUCAUUCCAGUUGCUGCAUCAAGACCUGAUUCUGUAAAGGAAAGCAGAGACAGGGCAGGGCCAGUCGGAAACCGGGACAUAUAAAUAGACAUGCAUCGCCCCCUGCUGUUUGUGGCUUGAAGAGGAUUUAUUCUGCAGCGAAGGCUCAAAGCACUGGUUGCUCACUGACUUUUGAUCAUACUGCUGUGACUCUGCAGCUUGAACUUUGUUUCUGUACAUCCUUUGACCUGAAGACAAAACUGGAGAUCCUGUUUUCAACGAUCACUGGACAUAAUGUACUCGGGAUAAAAAACUGGAACGAUGUAUUAAACCUGAUGUGGGUUCUAUUGUUUCCUGGUGUAGUGUUAGCUGAGGCAGUUUGGUACAGUGUAGAGAGAGGCGUUUAGGGCAAUACAGUGACACAGACAUACAAAGUUGACGUGCAAGACUGUAAACUUGAGCGAGACAGACAUGAAGGCGGGUCAGUCCACUGUUGUCCAAUCUGUAGACUGCUGUCUUUUCUCCCCCUGUCAUGUCGGUGGUGUCUGAAUGGAUGUGAUGUGCUCGGACCAGCAGGUGUUGAAAUGAGGCUGAGGAAGGAGGCAGAAGUGGUGAGAGAAAGAAAUGAAGAAUGUCUUGAUUUGAAGUUGAAAACGAUGAAUUAAGCAACAGUGGGAAGUCGGAUGAUGAUCCACGGAUCCUAUCACAGGAGGUAUUUGUCUUUUGUGAAGUCAGCGAAGGUUUAUAGAAGGUGAAGUUUUUUGGGGGGUUUAUAUUCUUGAGACCAUGUCUUCCAGGAACUUGAGACAGCACUUGCAGAGUCAAUCAGUCCAGUGGUGAACCUUUUUUCACCAAGAAGUGUCCCUUAGGUUGGAUCAGGCGAGUAGCAGAGUGUCACUUUAUGAGGCUGCAACCGAGGAGUGUCUUUAAAUUGUAUACUUCCGUGGCUGCUGUUCGCCAGCAAGAGAACAAGCUCGUGAGGAUUCUCUCGAUAGCAAUAGACCCAAUGAUGUUGCACAGAAAUGUUAUGAUAUGAAUGUAUAGGACGUACGGUGGAGUGACGAGUAGCCAUAGUAACGUGGUUUACUUAUCUCUCUGUGCUCAGUAAAAAUCAACUCAGAAACUGGAUGUGAGUGUCCAUCACCUUUUUGGUACAAAAGGAUUAGUACAGUUUUUUAUUCCCAACUUUAUUCAAGAACGUGGUUUUUAGUUUGACUGCAGGAUGUUUUGUCACUUGCGUCUGUGCGCACAUGAAACGUCUGCUCUAUGAUUUCUUCUCUGCUCUCGGUUAUCUUUUUCUUCUGCGGUUGGAUUUUUUUGUGAGAUAAGUCUUUCAAAAUUCCCCAACCAAUAGAAUGCUCGUUAUAGUGUUAAAAAUGAAAUUGUCCCGCCCACAUCGUGGGUGUGUUAGCUUUACUGCACAAGCAAAAUCUGAAUGUGACAAAAUCUGAAUGUGCCACCAAUAAAUCCUGCUCUCAAACAGAAACACCACGCUGUCCAAUAAAGACGGGGGGGAAAUCCUACAGAUUAGAAAUCUCAAUCUCUGAAGCCAACAGGUCUCAGAUUGUAGGGAAUGGCUCUCUGGUACUCUCUUAUACUGUAAAUAUCAUGAAUGUACAACUUGAUAUUUCACUUUGUGUGUGGCCCAAAAAGGCUUUUUGAAUUGAAAUCUGCGGUGUAUGACGUGUUCAGUAUUCUGUACUGCAAUGAGGUUGUUUUUUUAAGAUGGGAAAUAAUUACAAUCUGCUGUGUCAUGUAAUGAUUUAAAACUUGAGUUUUGCUUCCUUGCACAAAAAAGACGUUUGUUUCCUUUUGCAUGGAUCAACUUUUCUUCUGUCUGUGCCUUUUUUGAGGACAUGUUUCAGGAAGACGUUGCUAUAGAUCUCCACAGGUACGUUUCUAUGUCUGUGUCUGACAUAUUUUCUGGAAUUUCUUGAAAUGUUGUUAUUAUAAAGUGAUAAUUUGUAUUCACGUGCCACUCACCACUGUUUUUUCAGAUUGACAAAAUGAGAUUUUAUACAGUUUUAUCAUGAGAGACCUUGUGAUUGCUUUUGGUGUUCACAUUAGAAAAGCACUAUAGCACACUGCUUUGUAGGGUACUCAAUCCAGCUUAGCAAAUUUGGAAUAUUUGAUCAAUAAUAUUUUUGAAUGCAAUGGGGGACUUUUUGUUUUAUGUUUUAAAUUGGCCUUUUAUAUGGUUGUAAAUCGUCUUCCUUAAGCUAAAUGUUGAGCAUUAUGAGCAAUAUUUUAAUAUACUUAAUUUCCACCAGCUGAUUUUUGUCCUGUUUUUGCCUCACAAAUAUAUAGCUGCUCGUGCCAACAUAGGUUUAAACAGAAAAAGAAAAUAAAAACUGUAAAAACAGUUAAUCCAUCUUUAAUGUUAUUAGGGCUGUCCAAUGCAAUGUUAUCACUAAGUGGCAAUAAAAAUGACUUUGGCAGUGAUGCUGGCUCAUGAAACAUCA